AUAUAUUCUUAUGAAAACUAAAUUUGAUAUGCAUACAAUAGCGUUAUUUUUAUUUAACAUACGAACACAUAGUCACACAAUGUCGACACACAUAUAUAUACACUUACAUAUAUAUUUAUAUAUAUUUAUAUAAUAUAAAUAUGUAUAUACAUAUAUAUAUAUACACGUGUAGAGGAUACACAUGUACAUUAUCGAACAAAUAAAUAUACACUAUGCCUUUCUCUCUACAUACGUGAGAUUAUAUUAAAAAUACACAUAAAAACAUAUUGUGACCUAUAAUUUUUCGAUAUUAUACAUACAUAUAUACGCGUAUAAAAGCGUGCGUUCAUUAUAACGGAGUUAAUAAGCUUGUACGUGAGAGCAUGCAUUUUAUAACUCGUUGUAAAAUAUAUAUAAAAGGAAAAGAAAUUAAACGAACGUAAUUGAAAAAAAAAAAAAAAAAGAAAAAAAAAUAGAAAAAUGGAAUAACAUUCGGUGAGUACGCACAUUCGAAAUACUCCGUAUGAAAUACACACGCAUUAAUCUAUACGUUGUUUUUAUCACAGCAUUUUUCAUACUAACACAAAAGAACAAAAAAGAACAAACUUCAUAUACGCUCACAAGUAUACGUAUGAGUGUGUGAAAAAACGCACACGUGGAAUAUACUAAUUGUGGCCUUAUCCGCACGAAUACAUAGAGAGUAACUAACGUUUUACGAUAUGUAAUAUAUUAUGUAUAUCGUAUCAAAUGAUACUUAAUACGUAUGAAAGGAAAAUGCGUAAUGUCAGACACAAAGAUGAAAAAUGAAAAAAAAUAAAAAAAUAAAAAAAGAAAAAAGAAAAAUAUCCUGACGAAUAAGUUACACUCGUCAUAUGUUCUUACGGAUCGACUCACAUACUAAUCGCCUUAAUUAGUAAAACAGAUUAUAAAAAGAGAUUAUUCUAUAUUCAGCGUAUGGCAUACACUGUUACACUGUAAAAUUGAUCAAAUAAAUGUAAUUAUUUACAAAUGAAAAACUCGGAUUUUCUAAACGAGUUUACGUUCCAUGGAUUUUUCAAUGUCAACAACGAGAAAAUUAUUUCAAUUAAUUUCGAUGAAUAUAGAUGAUAAAAAUGAAAUCGAUCGAUCAAAAUAAAAAAAGUGGAUAUCGAGAUUUGCAGAUGCACGUUGACUAUGCAACGUCCCACGUGCGAAAAAAGAAGCGAACAAACGAAGCAGUGCUUGGGGUAAAGCGAGGUCGAUGGAAAGUGGCAUAAUCGCGGAUGUGGAUUGGCUCAAGGAGAGCACAGGAGGAGAUCCUUUACCUUACUUAUGUAACGAGCGAGCGCGACCGUGGUGUCUCGUGUCUUCGACCGCAUCUCUUCAAGAGGAAGAGAGUAUGCAAGAGUGAAAGAAAGGAAGAUAGAUAGAGAAAGAAAGGGAGAGAAAGAGAGAGAGAGAGAGAGAGAGAAAGAGAGAGAGAGAGAGAGAGAAAGAGAGAUGUACUCCUUCUCCUUUAUACUCCUUCACCCUCCCAUCCCCACCUCCAAUCACCGCACUGUCCCUGAAAAUCCCACUGCUGCUUCUAACUUUUUCUCCCCACCAUUUGCCAAUGCAAAUCGCUUCUCGUAUAUUUCUACCUCCCUUUUCCUCUUCUCUUUCGUUUCUUCCUACAUUCGACGUACCAAUUAAUUAAACGUACUCGAACGUUUUCGAGCAAUCUUCCAUCGAUCGUUACAGAGGUGUUCCAAUAACGAUCGAUCGAAGAAUGAUUUCGACACCGAAAAUAAGGUUCUUCAUUGUCAGAGGUCGUCCGUCGGUUCAACGUUCGGGCCGUUUACCUGUAACCGACCUCGAAUCUUUGGCCAAUGACAUUGCGGAAAGUAAUAUUAACAUUUUGUACGAGUCGUCCACGAAAGAUAAAAGCUGUAAGCAUGAUCUUACAUACAUACGUACAUACAUAUAUUUACGUACAUACAUACAUACGUAGGAAAACGUUAAUGCGAAAGUGUUUUUUAAAAAAUAUUUUUCAUAUAAUACUUAGUUAUCUAGUUUAAAGAAAUCGUUAUGAUGAAAACAUGUUCAAAAAAAAACAAACAAGUCGGAGUUGUUUGCCCUUUGAAUAUUGAAACAAAUAAGAGACAGAGAUAGAGACAGAGACAAAGAGAGAAGGAGAGAGAGAGAAAGAGAGAGGAAGAAAAAUAAGAAACUAUGUAAGACAUAAAAAGAAAGAAAAAAGAAGAGACAUAAACUUCGAAUGCUUCUUGAAAAGGGCUGAUUAUUUAUGCUACGACCUUCGACGUGGACAGGUGCGAUACGGCUGGCUCGUACGUAAUUCCGUCGCUUGUAAACAUUUUAUAACGCUAUAAAUAUUAACCGUGGUACCCGUAUUACUGUACACAUUUGCGUAUGUACGUAUCUUUUAUAUAACGAGACAUUUGUCGAUGCGAAUCUCGAGCGUUUUCGAAUGGAGGAAGUUCGUUGGAUCCAGUUAUAUCUCGUUGGAUCCUGAUAUAAAUCGAAAGACGAGCGUGCAAGCAAGGAACGAUAAGUUAGACGAGGAAUAAGAAGAAGAAGGAUCGAAAGGAAAAGGGAGACGAAUAGACGAACGUGGGUAGAAGAAGAGAAGAGAAGAAAGAGGAGGUGUAGUAGAAGGUGGCAAUAGCAACGGCAGUAGUGGGGAUGGAGGGAGGUGGCAGGAAGAAGGACGAAGGCAAGGAGAGGAGGGAGGAGAGGAAAGGGAGACGACCGGCAAGUCGAAAGAAGACACAAGUUCAUAUCCAAGCGAGAUGUGGGACGAUGUCCCGGAGUAACCUCCAUCAAGGAUGGACUUCCAUCCAGCGUCGCGACCAGGACGUAACUAUACAUCCGCACCUUUCCUCUCACCGGUUAUGCGAGCCCGGAUAGUCUUCCUGUAGCGAGCGUCGGCCCCGAUCAACGAUCGACUCGGUUUGACUUCAUCGCGGAAAAGCGUACGACGUUUAUUCGACUAUCACUAUUUGUUCUUGGUCGAUAGUAAAGGAUGGAGGCCAGUGAAUGGGAUCACGCGACCUUGAGGGAGGAGGAAUUCGAGCAACAUGCCGUAUACUUGGUACCGGAUGUUACGGCAUCACCUAGCGAUACCAAUCGAGCGGAAGCUUCGUUGCCGAGGAACCUCGUACUCAAGCCCUCUCAAGCCCUCAACGAUAUGUUGGGCGUCUGGAGUACAAGUUAUAUCCCAAAGGGCACGCGUUUCGGACCACUAGUGGGCCAGGUUUAUACCAAGGAUUCGGUGCCCGCUGAUGCAAACAGGAAGUACUUUUGGAGGGUAUACAAGAACAACGAGUUGUUCUACUACAUCGAUGGUUACGACGUUCAAAAGUCGAAUUGGAUGCGUUACGUAAACCCAGCGUACUCGUCCGAAUCGCAAAAUCUAAUAGCGUGUCAAUAUAAGAUGAACAUUUAUUUUUACACGAUUAAGCCGAUACUUCCGAAUCAAGAACUAUUAGUAUGGUAUUGUAGAGAGUUCGCGGAACGUCUAAAUUACCCGUUGACUGGUGAAUUGAUGCUUCAAAGAAUACGUCAGCAAGUACAGCAAUCAGCGUUACCGACGGAACUUUCGGCAAGCGUCGAUGUGGUAUCGCCAUUGAAGGACUCGUCGAUUUACGAGAGACGAUCGCAAAUGACGCCAACGGAUGGUUCCGUAAGGUCCGACGAAGGUUACCACUCGAACGGUUACCACGACGAGAUCUUGACCCCGCCGGAGGAGAGCAGCGAGUCCGAUUCGGAGAACAACUACGUUCUCGACUUUAGCAAGAACUCAAAGUCCUCCGUGUGUAGCAACGAACCGUUAAAGCCGGACAACGUGGCCGCGAAGAACGAAUACAGAAAGGUAAAGAUCAAGAUAACGAAGACGUACGGUAAUUUUCAAAGCGGUACGAAGAGCAAUUUGGAUGGUACAGCGAAGGAGAAGAAUCCCGAGAUAGCAAGCAGAGCGAUGAGCCCGGAGAUACAAAAGUCCGUGUCGCCUGUGAUGCUUCAAAAAACGACUCUUCUGUCGAUGGUAAGCGAGGACGAGACGGAAAAAAAUCCGAAGCCGUUUUACGAGCCAGAGGUCAAAGGCAACGUACCUGCCACGACGAGACCACCCUACAUAACGAGUCCUAGCAGUUCCAUCCUCGAAAAUAUUCUCCUACGAAAUAGCACCGACAAUAACAAUAAUAACAACAAUAACAACAAUCAUCAUCCUCAUCUUCAUCAUCAUCACCAUCAACAACAGCAGCAGCAGCAACAACAGCAGCAACAGCAGCAACAUCACCAUCAUCAACAUCACCACCACCAUCAGAACCAUCAUCAGAGUCACACGGCAGAUUCGGUGACACCACCGCCUUCGAGCCCCACAGAGAUGGCUUAUUCAUACAAAAAGUCUCAUCGUUACGGCAAUAUCUUACCGUGCAGUCCGGACUCAAGUUCAAAUUUACCAAUGCAGACUGAAUCCUGCGUAAAUUCCACCACCAGUAAUCAUGGUCCCAUACCAAUCCCGAGUCCAACCAGUGGACUUCAUUCGAGCACGGGUAAUCUUCAUUCGAGUACGGGAACGAACAACGGAAAUGCAACGGCUCAUAUUGGAAACGUGCACUCAUCGAGCAGCCCAGGCAUUAAUCCGCAUUCGAAUAGCGGCGUGCUUCCCUCGAGCACGAUCUUGACAUCGUCUUCGAAUGUCGCAAGCUCCUCUUGUCUUCCAAAACGAAAAACGAAGAGCCCGUCUCCAGCAAAUUCUCCACCAUUGUGUCCCUCCUCGACACCGACGAUUUUAUAUUCGGCCAAUUCCGGAGGUUGUCAAAUAGAGUCGAGUUCGGUCUAUUCAAAUUCCGGUGGUAGUAAUAGUGCUGGUGGUGGUAGUGGUGGUGUUGUUAAUGGUGGUUGUGGUAAUGUUGUCGGUGGUAGUGUCGGUGGCUGUGGUGGUGGUGGUGGUGGUGGUGGUGGUGGUGGUGGUGGUGGUGGUAAUGGUGGUGUCGGUAGUGCUAGCAGCAAUCAUCAAAACUCAGUUUCGCCGAUAUCACCGAUCCAAUCACCUUCUCCCUAUUCGUACGGUCUCUAUCAUCAGAACGGAACACUUCAUCAUGGCGCGACUCCUCUGUCGAUCAACUGUACGGCUUAUUCUCCGACCCCGAGCACCGGUAACAACGGCACCCUCGUAUAUGGCGAAAGAACGUCGGACGGUAGACGUCUUGAUGUUCCAAGUAGUAGUCAUCAACUUCCAACCUCCUCGACGACUAUGCAGAUCGACGGGAGUCAGGCUGGCCUGAUCGCAGGCACGCACAAUCUUCACCUCGGCCAUCAUCCUGGACUUACCAUUCACGCGAAUUCCACUUCCUCCGGGUCUCUCAAUCACAGAUACUCGCCGGCGAGUUCUCUCUCCCCGGACGAUCACGGUUGCUCGCAAAGUGGCUCGCUCAGCCCGAACUCUCAGGGAUCGAGGGGUUAUAGGUCGUUGCCUUAUCCACUUAAGAAGAAAGACGGGAAGAUGCACUAUGAGUGCAACGUCUGCUGUAAGACCUUCGGUCAACUAUCGAAUCUUAAAGUUCAUCUCAGAACGCAUUCCGGUGAGAGACCGUUCAAGUGCAAUGUCUGCACCAAAAGCUUCACGCAACUGGCGCAUCUACAGAAACAUCAUCUCGUGCAUACCGGCGAAAAACCUCAUCAGUGUGAGAUCUGCAAAAAGAGGUUCAGUUCUACUUCGAAUCUAAAGACUCAUCUCAGAUUACACUCCGGCCAAAAGCCCUAUGCUUGUGACCUUUGCCCCGCGAAAUUCACCCAGUUCGUUCAUUUGAAGCUACACAAGAGACUGCACACGAACGAAAGGCCUUACACCUGUCAAGGCUGCGACAAAAAAUAUAUUAGUGCGAGUGGCCUGAGAACUCAUUGGAAAACGACCAGUUGCAGACCGAACAGUAUCGAGGAUGAACUCGCUCUCGCAGCUGCCGUUGGCUCGCCAACAUAUUACGAGUAUGGUCCUGACAUGAAUGUCGGAACCAUACCGAAGGAAUGCGAAUUGGAACACAUCGAGAACUAUGAAAGGCACGGAUCAACACAUGGGCCGCACACUACAUCUCUUCAUAACUUGGAGAACCCAGUGGCGAGGCCAAGCGUAAUAGAAACCUCCCAGCCACAUAUAAUCGAAUGUACCUAAGGGACGGGGAGCAGACCCUUUUGCCCUGGCGCAAAAUCCAGCCGUGGAAACGUAAACGAGAUUCGGCUGACCGAGCUCGCACCAGAGCGAUACCUUUAUCCAGAGUGGCAGUAAAGAUAAAUAAGAAAGAGUGAGAAAAGAAAAAGGAAGAGAAAGAGAGAGAGAGAGAGAGAGAAAUGGUGUACCUUGUUUAUUAAGACUCGUGUGCGAGAUGCCUUAAGAACGUUCCAUUUCGCGUAAACACUGUUUAAAGGAUGUGACGAGUGAAUAGAAGGACUUUUCUCCAAUUGUUGUUAUCGAUUCGAAAGGGGCAAAAAAAAGGAGGAAGAUAAGGAGAAAAAAGAAAAAGAAAGAAAGAAAGAGAGAAAGAGAAAGAGAAGGGGGCAUGAGAAAAGGAUAUAGGAACAAAAAGUAAUGGAUAGAAUGUAAAAUAUUGUUAAAUAUUGUUAUUUAGUUCAUUAUCGUUGAUAAAAGACAAUCUAAGUUUUACUUAAAUACUCUCCUCGAGCUUCGUUGUUUUUAGUGUAUUAUAAGAGAUAGGAAAAAGAAAAAAGGAAACGUCGAAGGGAAAAGUAAAAAAAAAAAGAAAAAAAAAAAGAAAAAGAAAAAGAAAACGAAAAAGAAAAAGAAAAAGAGAAAGGAAAAGAAGAGUAAGAGAAAGUGUGUGUGUGUGUGCUAAUGUGCGCGCAAGUACGUCGUUACUCGGCUAGGACCAUAUAAAGUUCCUUGUACAUAUACUCGUUUCCAUAUUUUUUCUAUUGUAGCAUUAUCAAGGAAGGAAAGAUAACGAGUUUGAUAGUAUUAACGUUCUAGAAAUAUCGAUAAUAAGAGCGUCGUUCUGCCAUUCUGGGAAAAUCUCGAAAAUCGUGUCCAUCGUUUCUCGGUUACCUUUCCACGGUCCAUUCGAAAACGUGUGCGUGCACGCGCGCCAUAAAACACAGCGGGAGGAAAAGAAAGAGAGAGAGAGAGAGAGAGAGAGAGAGAGAGAGAGAGAGAAAGAGAGGGAAAGAAAGAGAAAGAAAGAGAAGGAGAAGAAGAAUGUAUACUUCUAUGAAACUGACUCGUUUUCUCUCUCUCUCUCUCUCUCUCUCUCUCUCUCUCUCUCUCUCUCUCUCUCUCUCUCUCUCUCUAUCUAUCUUUCUCUAUCUCUAUUUUUAUCUCUAUCUCUAUCUCUAUCUCUAUCUCUAUCUCACUCUUAUCGUAUCAAUCAAUGAUAAAAAAAAAAAAAAAAGAAAAAAAAAAAAAAAGAAAGAAGAGAUGAUCGUUUUAGGAAAAAUUUUUUUUCAAGUCCAAAGCUCAAAAAAUUCCUUAAUUGAAUUGUUGUUCCAAAAGGCAUCUCUGUGUGUACGUAUCUGUGUACGCAUGUAAGAGAAAGAAAAAGAGACAGAGAGAAAAAGAGAAAGAGAAAAAGAAAUCGUCCGCGCGCGCGCGCACUCACGUGGAGGAUAUUUAAACGUCGAUGCGAAACACGUCGACCAAAACGGCGGAUUUUGUCGGCACCCGCCAAGCACGUUCGAAAAUGCGCGAGCAAAAGACACAAUGAACAACCAGUGACGACACGACUGCAACUAUACGAGACCUGUACCUGUAUAUAUUAACAUUACUAUAAAUUAUUCUAUAAUUUAAAAUGAGGUAAUAUUUAAGGAGGUCUAAUUUAUGAAUACCUUUAUAUACGAUACAUUAUAUGUACCUCGUCGUAGGUUGCCGAUCGGUAGGCUGCGCUUCGUGAAUCACGUUCGGAGAGAAAAUUCAAAAGAAAAGUAAGAAAAAGAAAAAGGAAAAAAGAAAAAAAGAAUAGAAAAAAAAAGGUCAUUUGCAUACUCUCGGCUAAUUUCGUAGAUCAUGCGAUCGUGUUUAUACGGGUUCUUUUGCGACGCUACGAAACAAGAGAUCGAGUUCAUUCACGAGAUCGAUCGAUCGAUCAAUCGGUCGGUCGGUCGGUCGGUCGGUCGGUUGGUUGAUUGGCCGGUUGGUUGGUCGUCGGUCCCUUUAAAGAUGAGGAAUAAGAACGGUCGCAGAGGAGGUCGGAGAAUCCAAGUAUGAUUUCGCGCACGAGCAACGAUCGAUCGUCAAGUGGAAAUGUCUAGGUAUUAUCGUUCCUCCUUCGUCGCUUCUCGCUCGAUCGUGCACAAACUCUUGGUAAUUUAUUGCCAUAAAGAAACGCACGUGCUUCACGUAACAAACUAAUUAUUAUUACACCGAGUUCAGCGAACGGAUGGGUACGCUUGGUCGUGUCUCUUGGAAAGAAAGUCAGACGCUAAGCUAUCGAAGACAAAAUUUCAAUCGAUCGGUUUAUGUCAGUUUAAAUAAGUUUUUCAUCAUCAUUUUUAAUCUACGAUAGAAAUCUACUACGUUUUCUUUUUAUCGUUCUAACUUUAUGCGAAUAUAACUUUGAAUAUUAUAGUUUAAUUAAUUUUAAAUUUAUAUAUAUAUAUAUAUAUAUAUAUAUAUAUAUAUAUAUGUAUAUAUAUACACACACACAUAUAUGACAUAUCGUUGUUAAUAGGUUUGUAGGUAGAAAUAUCGUAGAUUGUAAGAUUCUUUUAUCCAAUCGACCGUACUAGAGACGCGACAAAAUCGCUAGUUAUUUCACGGAAGGGAUGUUACAUACGUACAUAAGUCGCCCGUAUGUACGUACAUAUGUAUGUAUGUAUUUUAUCAAAUUAUCGAAUCCGCUUAAGUGAACAUUAGUGAAUCAUUUCAAUGAGAAAAGAAAGCUUAAUAUCGAUUCGAAUAAAUAUAUAUGUAUACAUAAAUGUAUAUUUUUUCCUCUUCGAAUCUUUCGAGUGCAAUAACCAGAUGAAUUGUUUUAACGAAAAAAAAAAAAAAAAAAAAAAAAAAAAAAAAUAAAAAAAGAGGAAACAGAAUUUUCGUAGCUUAUUCGAACUUGUCUUCCAGCAUUUACAUAGAUAAAAAAAAAGUUCGAUUAUCGGAGCGUAUCCAUUUAACUAUUU